CACCAGACACGAGUAUCUAGCUUCAGCUCGGUUGAUACUGAUAAAAAAAUACAAAUGAAGUUAUAUGUAAUGACAUUAUAGCGAAGCAUAGAGUAGCCAAUGACAUCUCAGAGAAACGGGAGGCCAUUAUAUAACAAUUUGAUCUCAUCGUUAAAAGAAGUUCGUGUAACUUGCUUUGAGAAGUGAAGUGAGAAGUCUCAACCAUCACCAGCGACUAGGUAGAAGUAGAAGAAGUGGAUAAGUAUUAGUCUUCCCGAUGUGCCAGGUGGAGGAAGAGUACGAUGAGCAGCUGGAGCGCGCGGCGGUGCCCAGUGUCUCCAAAAAAUGUGUCAAAUGCAAAGAGGGGACAGCAGCUGUGGUCAUCAAAGCAGGAGACGCAUACUGCAGGGAAUGUUUCAAGGAAUACUUCAUCCAUAAGUUCAGAGCCAUGCUGGGCAAAAACAGGAUCAUUUUCCCUGCUGAGAAAGUGCUGCUGGCUGUCUCUGGAGGUCCUUCUUCCUGCUCAAUGCUCAGACAAGUCCAAGAGGGUUUGAGUCAGAAUGCUCACAACAAGUUGCGAUUCUUACCUGGAAUUGUCUACAUUGAUGAGGGAGGCGCUAUAGGUCAGUCUGUGGAGGAGAGGCAGAGGACUGUGGCUGAGCUGUGCGCUGUUUUCAAAGCUGCUGGUUUGCCCUUCCACAUUGUGCCUCUGGAGCAGGUUCUGGACCUUCCCACUUCAGUUUUACAGGCUACAGGCCCGUCAGCCUCAGAGCGACCGGCCAGUGAGUACAAAGCAGCUGUGGAUCACUUCAUUCAGAGAAACAGCAGUAGCUGUUUGACACACGGAGAACAGAAGGAACCAUCACUACCUGAUGUUCAAGAACCCCACACACAGUCACUGCAGCAGCUGAUGCUCUCUGCUAAGACGCUGACAGCUAAAGAGGAUCUACUUAACACAUUGAGGCAGCAUCUGCUGGUGCACACAGCUCGCACUGAAGGCUACAGUAAGCUGAUGCUGGGAGACAACUGCACCAGACUGGCUGUCAAACUGCUCACCAACGUAUCACUGGGCAGAGGAGCGCAGCUGGCUCAGGACACAGGUUUCUCAGACUCCAGGUAUGGGGACAUCAUUUUAGUGAGGCCAAUGAGGGACUACUCUGCUAAAGAAAUUGGUCUCUACAACCAUUUGUUCAACGUUGCCUCUGUUUUCAAUCCAAGCCUGGAAACCAAGACAUCAGAAAAGGCCAGUAUCCAGCGUCUGACUGAGGGCUUCGUCACCAGGCUGCAGGCAGACUUUCCCUCUACUGUCAGCAUCAUCUACAGGACCGGUGAGAAGCUGCAGACAGCAUGCAAGAGCUCGUCCACAGGUGACCAUGGUGACAGAUGUUUGCUCUGCAUGUGUGCCCUGGAUUCUGCUGUUGAUCAAGCGUCCGCCUUUAACAUGACUCUGAUCUCAGAGCAGCUCUCCCAAAUUAAAUCUUCAGGGAAGACCAAUGCUGAACUCCCAAGACCAAACCAAGCUCAAUUUGUGCCUGAAUCAAAUGCUCCCACUGGACAGUGCUGUUCCUCUGGAGGAGGAGAGGAUUGUGGGAGAGCAGCAAGUGGUGGAGGCUGCUGUUCUUCUGACAAGGUAACAGAGACACCAAAUCUGAAGAGCCUGUUGUGUUACAGCUGCAAGCUGACCGUCAAAGACUUGUCAUCACCUGAUCAUCUCCCACUCUACAUCCUGUCAGAGGCGCAGAGGAGGCAAAGGAGGUCUCACAUGCGAGAGGAGAUCAGUGAGUUCUUGCUGGAUGACGGGGAUGAUGGGGAUUAGAGCGAGGAAGAGAAGUCUGUUGAGACAGACAUGAAGCUGAGUCUUUACCUGCAGCAGGAGGCAAGACACAUAUCAAAUGUUACUUUUAUCUAUGUACAACUUCUAAAUAAAGAUGCGAAGCAAUUCA